ACUUUGUUUCCUCCAAUUUGAUGGACCACGUAACUGCUCGCUUCUUCGGACAAUUCGAGCACCGACCUUUCAAAUUUCAAUGACCAAUUAAAAGAUCAAAACAUUCGAAUUCAUCGCUCCCUGUAUUAGAUGCGAGUUACCAUGCGCGCGAAGCUAUGAGCUCUUUUAAGCACCUAGGGAGGCUCGUCAGUGGCGUCUCUUUAGUUGUUAAGGAGAUCGCUACACGGUCUCAGGCUCUUGAACUGCCUGCAGGUGCUGGUUUCCAAACCCUAAUUACCUCCGCUGCCAAGAAAGCCCUAGUCUCCGUCACUGAUGUAUCGGGCCUUACUAAAGGGAAAGUCCGCGAGUUUUCGCCUCCCAAGUCUAAAGAGUCUGUCGUUUACUUCGACCAUUCGGCUGACGUGGCGGAGCCUACCCCAGCUCAACCGCACUCCCCAGAUGAUAAUGGAAAUAGCAAUGUAGAUGUUAUUGCUGGAAAUGUUGUUGGCGAGAAGGAUUCGAGGAAUGAGCUUGUUGAUUUGGAGAAAGAUGGUUUGCAGAGUCGGAAUGUGGAGACUAAAGGAAAUGCGGGUAGCGAAGGGGUGGCAUCGGCCUUGCCGACGGAAUUGAAGAGGAGGAAGCCGAGGGAGAGGAGAGUUCCUUCGACUCCAUUUUCUAGGGCGCUUGGGUUUGCUGGUCUAGGAGUUGGGCUUGCAUGGGGAACAAUUCAGGAAUCUACGAAGAGGCUUGUCUAUGGUGCUCCAAGUUCACAAGACAAGCAAUCUGCUCUCUCCCCAUUUUUAUCUGAAAAAAAUGCAGAACGUUUGGCCCUUGCAUUAUGCAGAAUGCGUGGAGCUGCGCUCAAAUUAGGACAGAUGCUUAGUAUACAGGAUGAAUCUCUUGUUCCUGCUCCGAUCUUAGCUGCUUUAGACAUUGUCCGACAAGGUGCAGAUGUGAUGCCAAGGAGCCAGCUUAAUAGAGUUUUGGAUAGUGAAUUGGGUUCUGACUGGUCGACAAAGUUAACUAGUUUUGAUUAUGAACCAAUUGCUGCUGCAAGUAUAGGGCAGGUGCACCAAGCAGUUACAAAGGAUGGUAUGCUGGUUGCAAUGAAAAUUCAGUACCCUGGGGUGGCCAAUAGCAUUGAUAGCGAUAUUGAGAAUGUGAAACUUCUCUUAGAUUAUACAAAUCUAAUUCCAAAAGGACUUUAUCUCGAGAGAGCUAUGAAGGUGGCAAAAGAAGAAUUGUCUCGUGAAUGUGACUAUGAGUUGGAGGCAACCAACCAGAAAAGGUUCCGUAAGCUACUAUCUGAUGCUAAGGGAUUCUAUGUUCCAAUGGUUAUAGAUGAACUUUCCAGCAAGAGAGUCUUAACUACUGAACUAAUUUCUGGAAUUCCAAUUGAUAAGGUGGCAUUACUAGACCAAGAAACUCGAAAUUAUGUUGGGACAAAAUUGUUAGAACUCACAUUAAUGGAGUUAUUUGUCUUCCGAUUCAUGCAGACUGAUCCUAAUUGGGGUAAUUUCCUGUAUGAUGAGGCCACAAAAACUAUUAAUCUCAUCGACUUUGGAGCGGCACGGGAUUAUCCUAAAAGUUUUGUUGAUGACUAUUUAAGAAUGGUUGUAGCAUGUGCAAAUUGUGAGAGGGAUGCAGUAAUUGAGAUGUCAAGAAGACUUGGGUUCCUUACAGGAAUGGAGUCGGAGAUUAUGUUGGAUGCUCAUGUUCAAGCCGGUUUGAUUGUGGGAUUGCCGUUCUCUAAGCCAAAUGGAUUUGAUUUCCGAUCCACUAAUAUUACCCAAAGUGUUACAAACCUUGGAACUACAAUGCUUAAGCACAGGCUCACACCACCACCAGAAGAGUCUUACAGCCUUCAUAGAAAGCUAUCAGGUGCCUUUUUGGCUUGCAUCAAGCUUGGUGCGACUGUACCAUGUAGGGAGCUAUUACUUGAAGUCUAUGAGAAUUAUCAGUUCGGUGAAGAAAAAGGUGAGAUGUUACCCCGCGGCUCUAAUUCUUGAUGGGUUUCUCAAUUUUUUUGUUCUUUUUUUGGAAUAUUUUUUUGAUAUGUAAUAAAUUGAGGGAUGAUUAUUCAUCCAAGCGAUGUAGGCAAAUCUUUUCUUGCCUCAAUAGGGAGGAUGGGUAUAGGUUUUAGAUGCUGAAAAUGAGAAAAGAUAGAAUUGGGUUAGAAUCACCCAUCAGCAUUUAACGUUUAUUCUUUGUCAACAGUUUAAGAAAAACAUGUAUCUGAAAUUUUCAUGCUACAGUCGGUGCAUUGAUAUUGUUUAAUACGAUAAUACUGUUCAGCAUUCA